GCCUAAUCAAUGGCCAGCGCCUCGACAUUAAUGCGCGUUCCCGCGCUUCUCCUUGUGAACAUACCUAUGAGUGAACUUGCCUCGUGUUUCUUGUGCUUGGGUUAUUUGGUGGGCGCGUCUGUGGCACACAGCCUCCCUGCAGUGGAGCGAUGCCGCGAAGCUGUUCAGUGCCGCUGUGUUACAUGAACCCCAGGAGAGACACGCGUCGCGCGGCUAUCAAGUUCCACGAGUUCCCCUGCGAUGCAGAGCGUCGAGAAGCCUGGCUGAAAAAUAUCGCUCGCGAAGGGCCGUUGGGAAAAGGUAGCAAGUGGGAGCCGAGUGACAGGUCUGUGGUAUGUUCGUUACAUUUCACAGAAAAUGACUACAAGAAGGACACGAAGAUUAAGAUUCUCCUUCCGACUGCGGUCCCAACUGUAUUUAACAGACACCCCGGACACAUGCAAAAAAACGGGCGUCGGCCUCCGUCUGCUGUCGCCACGGGCCCAAAGAAGGCGCCGCCCAAAAAACGCCGUCGAAGAAAUUUAGCCAAUGGCGCAAUAGUUGGGGCAAGUGAUCGUGAAAGCUCGGGCCACGCCCGCUCGCAAAAACGAGAUAGAAGCGCUCGUUCACGGGUCGGCCACAGCGCGGUGUGGAGAACUUCCGCGAUGCGGAACUGUUGUGUGCCGUUCUGCCACUCAACCACCGACAAUAACGGCACUGUGAAGUACCACGAGUUCCCCAGCGACCUACAGCGUCGAGAAGCCUGGCUUAAAAAUAUCUCUCGCGUAGGGCCGUCGGGACGCAAGUGGCAGCCGAGCGACAGAUCUUCGGUAUGCUCGUUACACUUUACAGAAAAUGACUACAAGAAGAACAAGAAGCGUAGACUUCUGCUUCCGACUGCGGUACCGACUGUGUUUCCUGAAUCGCCCAAAAACAUGCAAACAAGGAUGCUUCUGCCUUACCAUGUUAUUGUGGCGGGUCCACAUAACGCGCAGGCCUGGAAAAGCUGUGGAAGGCACUUAGCCCAUGGCGCAGUAGUUGAGGACAGUCAUUGUAAAAGGUACGACGAAAGCCCCAAGACUGAAAGUUCCUCGCACUCUUGCAAAAACGUAAUAGAAGCGAUGGUUCCAGCGUGUGCCGCAGAGCGGCGCGGAGAUUAUAGUUUUGCUGAUAAGGUUUGUCAAACUACAUUAUUUGCUGAUAUGAACUGCCAAACUGGAUCAUUUCACAAUCAGGACUGCCAAACUACAAUAUUUGCCGAUCAGGCUUGCCAAACUAUACUACAUCUCACACAUAUCUCGGAAAAAGCGAAGAAAGCAGUGAACAGUUGGUCGUCAGGAAGAACUGUUGAAAAAAUCGCGGGCCGAUCCCAAACUACAUCAUUUACUAAUAAGGGCUCUCAAACUAUAAUAUUUGCCGAUCGGUCAUGCCAAACUACGCUUGGCACAGUGGCCAGGAGGAGAACCCACAUUGUAGACCCUAGCAUUGAAACACAUUAA